CGCAACUAGAUGGCAUUUGAGGAACAAGCAAAACAAAAUGGAGGUUAUUGUUGUCUCCCUUGACUGUUUGUUAAAUUACCACAACUAAAAAGUCGGAUUUACAGAAUGAUUACAGUGAUGGACGGACAUAAAAACUCAAAUCAUGUAGACGAUCACUGCCUAGACUUCCAAAACGUUACUAUCCCUUCAGGAAGCACUUACAUUCCCGGUUCGGACCCUUGCGUUUUGUGUCUUUGUGAACAUGGAAAGAACCUUUGGUGUCAAGCUGUUCGCUGUGCAGCUUCAGAGGAUUGUUUGUUUUAUACAACAGGGAAAUCAUGCUGUGAGUUUAUUUGCAUGGAUAGAGUUGUUGAAGUCAUUUGUGGGUUCUGCUUACUCUCCCUACUCAUGAUUGGUGUAUUUGUUUACUACCUUCACAGAAAGAACCGUAAGAUGGCAACAGGCAUAUCGAUGAACAAAUCCGAUGCCGAUGUCGCAUUAGUCGACCACUCGUCCAUUUACGAAAAGAAAGUGAAGAUUUAGAUGUGUUACAUAUUAAGUUUGCAUGAAUCUCGUUCCGGUUAACUUUGAAUAUUUUAAACCAACCUAUUACUUGAUCAUUAUUAUAAACACUAUGAUUGUAUUGUUAUAUUUAUCCCGUUUCUAGAGAAAUGCGGUCGCUGUCUCUUCUAUCGGACGUGUUGUGUUCUGUUAGAGAGGCGCGGAGAUUUGAAGAGCGUCAAAUGUUGUGUAGUUAACGUUAUUAUACUAUAUCCGUUUCCAAUAAACUUCGUAUAGCUAGA